AGAGAGAUGCACAAUCUGUGAAUCGGAGAUAUAGAACAUAUGAUAUUUAGCUCUGAUAUAGCUAUAGAAUCUACCGACCAGCAAGUUGUACUCUUACUAUGACGACGAUAAUCAAUCUCGUCCUCACAAUUAAGCUGAUAUAUGACAUAUUUAGACUGAUAUAUCCGUCAAUAAACUAUCAGAUACUAACAUACACGCCUAAAUCAUCUACAAUAUUCAGAUCCUACUCUCCGAAAGAGCUAUACGAGUUCAACGGCAAAGACGAAAGCAAACCGAUAUACAUCGCCAUUGGUGGAUUAGUAUUUGACGUAACAAAAGGGAAAUCAUUCUACGGUCCAGAUGGUCCAUACGGCAACUUUGCAGGAAGAGAUGCCUCCAGGGGGAUGGCACUCCAUUCGUUUGACGAAGAUAUCCUCACGCCUAUCGAUGAGCCGAAAGACAGUCUGAGCGAUCUCACUAGAGAGCAGAGAUCAGCUAUGGAUGAGUGGAUCGACCAUUUCAAGCGGAAGUACACCGUCGUUGGUAGCUUUUGAACAUAUAUAUUAAUACCACCUGUAAAUAGUAUCUCGGUGCAAAUUUAUUCUUUUAUUUCCC